CCCGGAAGUGACGGUAGCGCCAGGUCCCGCCCCCGGCAGACCCGGAAGCGGAGUCGCCCUGAGCCGUCUCCCUCAGCCGCCCGCGCCCCAGCCCAGACGCGCGCCUCGGCCCAUGGCCGCCUACUCCUACCGCCCCGGCCCCGGGGCCGGCCCCGGCCCUGCUGCGGGCGCGGCGCUGCCGGACCAGAGCUUCCUGUGGAACGUCUUCCAGAGGGUUGAUAAAGACAGAAGUGGAGUGAUAUCGGACAGCGAGCUUCAGCAAGCACUCUCCAACGGCACGUGGACUCCCUUUAAUCCAGUGACUGUCAGGUCGAUCAUAUCCAUGUUCGACCGUGAGAACAAGGCCGGCGUGAACUUCAGUGAGUUCACAGGCGUGUGGAAGUACAUCACGGACUGGCAGAACGUCUUCCGCACGUACGACCGGGACAACUCUGGGAUGAUUGACAAGAACGAGCUGAAGCAGGCCCUCUCAGGUUUUGGUAACUCACUCACCUGGCUUGUGUAGCGUGUUUCAUUUUGGAACCUAGCAGCCGUUGAAGGUUUUGUAAACCUUGUUGAACUUAACUGAUUGUUUAACCAGGUGCUUAACCACGCCGUGUAAAGUUUUUGUUUACAUCACGCAGGUUCAUAUUUUGACAUUGCUCAUGUUGGAAGGCAAUAUUUGAUGUGGAUGCGUUUAUGCAGUUUUUAUCCAAAAUGAGAUAAGGGCUAUGCAAGCCGGUCAUUUUUUGUGAAGUGGAAUGAUGUCAUGAGCAAAACUGAGAAUGUGGCUUUUGAAAUCAUUUAAAAAUGGAUCCAUGAAAAUACCGUGGGGCAGGGGAGCUUAUAUUUCGUGAGACACCAAAGCAUGUGGAAAACGUGACAGUCAUCUAAGAAAAAGCUGUCAGUCCCCACGUCCAACUCUGUCCAAACCGUGCGCCUCAGAAGGGGCGUUAGGCGGAGCACGUGCCCAUUCUCAAGUGUGUUGCGCACGUGUGUGCUGUGUGUGUGCACACAUGUGUGACAGUGUGCCGUUGCCUCAGCAGUGUCAGACAGAGCAGAUGCCCAUUGUCAAGUGUGUUCGUGUGUGCUUGGCGUGUGUGCACGUGUGAAGGUGUGCUGUGUGCCUCAGAAGCAGCAUCAGACGCAGAGCACUUGCCCAUUCUCAAGUGUGUUCCGCAUGUACGUGCUCUGUGUGUGUGCACACACGUGACAGUGUGCUGUGUGCCUCAGAAACCGCAUCAGAGAGGUGGAGUGUGUUUCCGUUCUCAGGUGCUUUCCUCGUGUGUGUGCUCGGCAUGUGUGUGACAGUGUGUGGUGGUGUGCUGUGAGUCUCAGGAGUGUUCACAGGGCCUGUCCAGAGUUGUCUAUAGGGCCCGUCCAUGGGGCUUCCUGUGCUGGUCUCAGGUCUGAGAAGAAGCAGGGCUUCUAUUUUCAGAGAAACAGCCAGCACAAGAGGUUCUAAUCUGGGCGAGUCUCACCUGGCCCCCGCUAUGAAGCUGCUUCUGCGAUUUACUUAAAAGGCUCCUUAGAACCAGUGAGGAUCAUUAGAUUCUGCUUUAGUUAGUCUGAGCUGUCUGGAGUCUCACUCAUCUAAAGCACGCUGCCUCUCCGCAUGGCCCCUCCCAGCACGCACUUUAUGGCUAUCUUCUCUCUUUCUCUUUUCUUUCUUACCUUACAAGCUCAUCCACAGGGCCAGCCGUGGACACUGGGUCUCCACAAGAAGCUGUUCUGAGCUGGCCAGCUGCGGGCCAGGGUUUGGGCGGGAUGGCUGUGAAUUGGCACUUGGAAUGUAGCUGACCUUGCGGUGCCCUUGGGUGGGGGAACUGGCAGAACUGUGGCCAGCUCCUCUUCCCUGGGGUCGGCAUGGAAGGGCUGGGAGGGAAGGAUCCCCCUCCACAGAGAGCGGUCCUAGGGACCAGGGAGGCCAGUGCAGCCAGGGCCAUGUGGACUUCAGGACCAGCCUGGAGUUAUUUUUAGACAAGAGACCUCUAGUGCCACGGACGUCUUCCUUUCCUAACCAAGUCAGGCCCCGGAGCUCCCUUUGCUUAGUACCAGUGACCAUCAGGUCUCUCAGCCCUCUUCAUCCUGGUCUGGCCAGGGAUGUCCCAGAAAACUGUGCUGAGCUGUAGUGGGAGGCGCCUCAUGCCCUGGAGCCGGCAGUCCUGCUUGUGUUGGGCGGCAGAACCUUCCCGACUUCUGAGCUGUUCCUGGGGUGCGGGUGCCCAUUGCGGCGUUUCUCUGGUUACCCUAAUGGUUUUCCUCCUGCGUUUGGUUCUUGAUCUGCAGAGCUGUCGCCCACGUCUUCUGUGGAAAGGGGCGUUGCCGUCCUUUUUGAAUUUUGAUUAUUUUGAAAGAUUUCCCGUAGUAACUGUUAGGAAGUGGGCCUCAGAAGCAAAAAUUCUUCUCUUGUCUUGGCCCCUAGGAAUAAGUGUUUUGCUCUCAGAUAAAAGCAGGGAGGCUGCAUUUGGGCUCAGUGGCCGGCACGAGGGAGUCACCCGGGUGGUGGAGCCUGCAAGAUAUCCCCUGGGCGUCUCUGAUGGGGCCACGUGGUGGGUUUUAUAACCCAGCCAUCCAUGUUUUUAAUUGUUAACAUCACCUGUGUGCCAGGCUCAGAGACCUGGAAUGAAAAGGUGCGGGAGGCGUCCCCACAUUCCGGCACUCAUCACCGGUGUGAGACCCCCUGACUCAGCAGGUGCCGUUGAGGUUGCCGUAGACAUCCGGUGAGAGCCUCCCCUCAGUGCAGUGCCUGUCCGAGAGAGGCAGUGGGCGGAGAACAGUUCCACCACCCCACCAUCUCCUCCGUUCCCUCUAGGUCUCCCCUUCCUCCACCAGCCUCUGGAAGUCACCGCCAGUUUAUUUUUUUAUAAUGAAAAAGGUACUGGAGUGGAAGGAGCCUCCAUUCACUCGUCACUCGUUUUCAGCUGUU